UCCGUGAGUACUUCCGGUGUCAGCAUGUUGGGAUAUCUGUUUAGCCUGUACGUUUAGCUUAUUAACUGAAUUUAAUAUUUAGCAGAACACGGAAUGAAUUUAUCUUAUAAAUAGGAACAAAUACAGCAAGUCAUGAAUCCAGUUCUUCGAAAGUUGCAGGCAUCUUUAAUACAACAGCCAUUAUUUCUGAAUCAAGCAGUUUCAUUAUGCCGGGCUACACUAUUGAUGGAGCAUCUUACAUGGGGAGGAACUGCUGCCAUAACCACAAGACAAUACAAAUCCAUGCCUACUCAUGGGAUUGGAAAGUGGAAACAUUUUUUACCCAAAGAAGUGGCAAAGAAGAAGAAAGACAAGCAUCAAAUGAAGCAGAUCGUGGCAGCUACAAAUACAGCGUAUGGGACUCUGAAUGUGAAAGUGUCAGGUUAUGACAUGACGGUGGUGGAGCAUUACUCCCAGUACAUCCACAACCUCUGCAACCGGUUUGGCAUCAAAGUGUCAGAAAGCUAUGCUUUGCCAACCAAAAGCACAGAGGUCAUGUUAAUGCCAGAGCAAGGCACCAAGAUGUACGUUGAUGCCGUCCUUAAGACCCACGAACGUAUUGUGCAGUUGAGCAGUUUAAAUGCUUCACUGAGCCCCGUUUUCAUCGACAUUCUUCUGAAGAAUCAACCUGAGGGAGUUCAACUUUCUGUAAAAGAGCACACGGAAGCUGAUUACCAUGCACGGUUCAAGGCUCGUCCGGAGCUGGAGGGGCUGAUGGCUCAGAUGAAUCAAAAGGAUAUGUGACAGUGAAGUUACACUAACAACAAUUUCUAUAAAACAGACACGACUCUUCCGUAGCCAGAGAUUGUCUUUUUUUUUUUUUUUAUUUAUUCCUAACUGAUACUGUUAAAGAUUACCACCAUUUGCGGCUGUACACAUUGACAUUAUUUUGUGAUGUCUCAAAAAUAAAAUCUUUUUCCAACCCUGA